AUGGCUAGAAAUAGAAAAUCUACACCAACGACAAUGCCACAAACGCCUAGGCUAGCUAGGAGUAUGACAACGAAACGGAAAGAAACCGCAGUUAUUGAAAGUUCUGUUUUUCCGCCGCCACGAAGACCUCGUAUAAGUAACAGGCCUUUAAAAGACACAGAGAUAUACAAAAACCUCGUGUCUGAAAGUGAUGACAACUGCAGUAAUUUUGACGACGACGUGGACGAUCCUGAUUUUGUUCUGGAAAGCAAUCACAACACGGAAUCUGAACAAUCCGAAGACGACGAGAAUCAAGCCGUGAAUCACGAUGUAAAUGAGGGUCGCCAGGAAGAAAUCAGUUUAGACCACGAACAUGAAGAAAAUACAAGUGAAAUAGAAAUUGAAGGAAGUCAUAACGGCAAUGGACAGAAUGAAGAACAGGAUAGCAACAAACCAGUCAGACAAGAACAGUGUAAUGAAGAUAGCGGUAUCAAUUCUUAUGUGCUUUACAAUAAAUGCACAAAUAAAGUUAAUAUGAGACGUGGCCCUUUUCUACUAUCACUUGCUAGAGAAUUAGUUCUGCCAGAAAUGAAAUUACGUGUGUAUAAUGACAGAAUCCCCCGUGAACUUCGGCUAACUAUAGAGCGUGUUAUUAGACCAACCGACAUGCUUGAACCUCCGUCUCCAAAAGGCCAAGCUAAUUCAGAUCCCAGAACGCGGAAGACGUGUGCAAUUUGUCCAAGUCGCCUAAAAAGAAGGACAAAGUAUUAUUGCUAUCAAUGCAAAAAGCCAAUGUGUCUUACUUGCUGUCUUCAAAUAUGCAAUGACUGUAUACUACAACGUUGAAAAUGUACCAAAUAUGUGUCUUGUAAAUUUUUUUAUUAUUGAAGGAAGACUAAUUACUUUUGUUCUUUUUUAAUUAUAGUACAAAGAAGUAACGAUUUUUUAAGUUCAUUUUUUGAUUGAUGAGUAGAUUUUUUUUAAAAAAGAGACUGAAUAAAGUUCCUAAAUUUAGCUAAGCAAUUAUUGUGUAUUCAUGAAUAAAUGUUGAUUAUUUUUAAAAUAAGAA